CACUGAUGCACACUGAUAGGUGACACUGACUGGCACUGGUAGGUGGCACUGAUUAACACUGAUAGGUUGCACUGACUGGCACUGAUGGGUGACAUUCAAAGGCAGCUCAGAUGGGCACUGAUAUGUGUCAUUGAUGUGCACUGGUAUGCACUGAUAUGUGGCAUUGAUGUGCACUGAUGGGCACUGGCACGUGGCACUGAUGAGCACUGACUGCUGGCACUGAUGGACACUGACAGGUGGCACUUCUGGGGCUACACUGAUCAUCAGGGCACACUGAUCAUCAGUGCCCUGAUGAUCACUCGUGAGGAGAGGAGAGCAGGUAAUUGGCAUUCCUCAGAGGGGACAUCUACACUGAUCAUCAGGGCAAUGAUCCCAUCAAUGCCACCUGUCAGUGUCCAU